UCCUGACCCAGAGAUCGAACGCGGGACUCCCGCAUUGCAGGCAGAUUCUUUACCAUCUGAGCUACCAGGGUAUCCACUGUACCACCAGAGAAAUCCCCAUUCAUUCAUUUUCAGCACAGUCAUUAUAAGAGAAGCGUUUUAAGAGAAGGGGUCCAUCUAGAAGUUUUCUCCGUGGAAAGUGUGGGGAAGGGGCAACAUGGAGUGGGGAAAACAGAGAAAUGGAAACUCGUAGCAUCCUGGGCUCAGUUCAAAGGUCAAAUCCAAACUCAAAUGAGCAGGCAAUCAUAAAGACUCCUGGAAAAUGGAAGGUUUUUUUUUUUUUUUUUUUCAGUAGCUGAAAAGGGAAAAAAGAAAGAGAAAGAAAAGUAAGACUAGAAUGAUAGGGGAGGUAAGUGAAUAGAAGGGUAGAGGCCAGAUCUCAUGGAAGGAGGCCUUGGGAGAAGACAGAAGAAGCCGGUGUCCUCUAUGACUUACAGAGUCUCAGGGGAGGAUGCCUGCGUGGAGGAAGGGCUGCUGUGGGUCCUUUCCUUUGCCUCCAGGGGGUUACCUUUCCCUCCAACGCGGUAACGGGGCGGGGGCUCUUCCUUCCCCGAGCGAUGCUCCCGGACCUUCCCGGGAAAUUGGUACAGAGAUCCAGAAAGCCAGUGCCGCCAGAGAGCGGGGAGCUGUCACUGCAGGAGAGGGGCACGUCUUAGCAGAAAACACGGCGUGACUUUACUCUUACUGGGGGUUUGACUAAUAGGAAAGGCGGGCGUCCAUCUGCCUUCAGUCCCCACGGCUCGAUUCCCGCUCCGGAGGCCCAGCGUGGAGCCUAUUGGCCGCGGCCCCUUUAAGAGCCGCCACUCCCCAACUCCCAUCCCCUCCCCAGCCGUGGCACCCAAGGGGUGGGGGUGGCGGGGAGACUGUGCGUUCUCGGCCGGUCAACUGGGGAAGAUGGCCCAGGCCAGGGAAAUCGCUCCCACGCCCCGAUGCCCCCGCCGCUGAGCAUGGUGAGCUGGGAGACCCUUUCCCUCAUUCCUUCCCGCCCCACGCGCGACGCGGGGAUGGCUCCGUGGCCUCCCGGGAACAGCUCUCUGACCCCGUGGCCAGAUAUCCCCACCCUUGCACCCAAUACUGCCAACGCGAGUGGGCUGCCAGGGGUGCCCUGGGCUGUGGCGCUGGCGGGGGCGCUGUUGGCGCUAGCGGUGCUGGCCACCGUGGGAGGCAACCUGCUGGUAAUCGUGGCCAUCGCCCGGACGCCGAGACUCCAGACCAUGACCAACGUGUUCGUGACUUCGCUGGCCACAGCUGACCUGGUGGUGGGGCUCCUGGUCGUGCCCCCGGGGGCCACGUUGGCGCUGACCGGCCACUGGCCCCUGGGCGUCACCGGUUGCGAGCUGUGGACCUCGGUGGACGUGCUGUGUGUGACUGCCAGCAUCGAAACCCUGUGCGCCCUGGCGGUGGACCGCUACCUGGCCGUGACCAACCCGCUGCGCUACGGCGCGCUAGUCACCAAACGCCGCGCCCUAGCAGCCGUGGUCCUGGUGUGGGUCGUGUCCACCGCGGUGUCGUUUGCGCCCAUCAUGAGCAAAUGGUGGCGCAUCGGGGCCGAUGCCGAGGCGCAGCGUUGCCACUCCAACCCGCGCUGCUGCACCUUCGCCUCCAACAUGCCCUACGCGCUGCUCUCCUCCUCGGUCUCGUUCUAUCUUCCGCUCCUGGUGAUGCUCUUCGUCUACGCACGAGUUUUCGUGGUGGCCACGCGCCAGCUGCGCUUGCUGCGCCGGGAGCUGGGUCGCUUCCCGCCAGAGGAGUCUCCGCCGGCUCCUUCUCGCUCCGGGUCCCCUGGCCCGGCGGGGCCGUGCGCCUCGCCCGCGGGGGUGCCCUCCUACGGCCGGCGGCCGGCGCGCCUUCUGCCUCUGCGGGAACACCGCGCCCUGCGCACCUUGGGGCUCAUCAUGGGAACCUUCACUCUCUGCUGGUUGCCUUUCUUUGUGGUCAACGUGGUGCGCGCCCUCGGGGGCCCCUCUCUGGUGUCCGGCCCCACUUUUCUCGCCCUUAACUGGCUGGGCUAUGCCAACUCUGCCUUCAACCCGCUCAUCUACUGCCGCAGCCCGGACUUUCGGAGCGCCUUCCGCCGCCUGCUGUGUCGCUGCCGGCCGGAGGAGCACCUCGCCGCUGCCUCCCCGCCCCGAGCUCCCUCCGGCGCCCCCACGGCCCUGACCAGCCCCGCUGGCCCCAGGCAGCCCCCACAGCUCGACGGUCUGAUAGCCCUGAAGGUGAGGAUUCGCUUCCGGAAUGAAGGCUAGCCGGGCUGAGGAAGCUGGCUUCCUGCGGACUUUCUUAGGCCUUGAAGAAACAGCUCCAUUGAUCCGGAACCUUUGGAAAGCCUCUGGCCGGCCUCGGUUCAGAAUGAGCCCCGUGGAGUUUCCAAGCUGGAAAACUCUGCCCUCCCCAGCCUGACGACUGGGUCCUGGGACGUGGCGGGGGUGGGGUGGGGGGGGGGCUGACUGGAGAGGGGAAAUCCUUACCAAGUGGGUUUUCGCCGGCUCUCUUUCUUUCUGAGAGAAGUUUUCUACACCCCAGCCCUGAACUUCACCGCUACCUCAGCAGCUCGCGCGUCCUGCUUCCCAUGCCCAGGUGCCCGGGCAGGAGCUGGGCUGCGUUUAGCCCCGGCACCCGCACCUGUCCCACUCGGGUGCUGUGUGCGCAGGAGCAAGGCGGGCACCUUCAUUCUGUUCCUUCUGCCGCCCAGACCCUGAGGAACCCACCGGGGUGCUGGAGGCCCAGGCUGAGAAGAGGAAGCUGGGGAAGGUCACGGUUUGGGCUUCUGUCCCUGGCUUCCUCACUGUAGACACAACUACCUCACAGCAGUUUCAGGACUUUACUUCAGAGUUUGGGGUGGGGGGUGGGGGGGCGCUCCUGGUUUCGUGGGAAGGUGAACCAUUAGAAUGGGUCCUUUUUCCUUUUGAAAUCAAAUUAAUAAAUGUUACUGAAUGCAGUUUAUCCAUCGCCCUCUUUCUCUCCCUUUGUUUUCUCUGCGUAAUCCACUUACUCCUUUCAUAGAGCUGACUCUGUGACAGAGGCAAUAAAUUAGGCCUAAUCCUUGUCCCUUUCUUCUUGAUCCUCAUGAAACAAAGAAUGAAAAGUCUUUUGGGGUGAAGGAGGCAGAGUUUGAGCCUUUGACACUCCGAUCUUCCCACCCUGGAGGCCGUUCUGCCCUCGGGAUUCACUGAAGUGCCCAUAGGAGGGUGGGGUUUGCUGUGCCAGGGAUCAGGGCACAUGGAGCUCUUGCGCUACAAGCCAGAGGUGGAUUCAUAACAUCCCGCUGCCACCAGGAACCAGUUUUGUCCGGUGUUGUACGUGUGUGUGGCGGCACAGACCAUUGUUUGUGUUGGGCAGAUGUUCUUGGGUUAUAAAUAUAUUCUGACAUUUCUUAUCCUUUCCAUAACCUCUAUUAACCUCUACCUUCCCACUCCCUUUCCUGGGCAGCAGAAAUCUGUAUUAUCUUCUUGAACUAAAACUGGAGUUACAAGUUUGAGCUCCUUGAUAAUAUUUUCCCCCCCUUAUUCCAAUUUUAUGAAUCUUAUCAGGCAGUUUCCUAGGGAAAGAAAAUUUCUAUGGAAACCCCCCGGGUCAUUUUGUGAGUUCUUAUUUAGACUCCGUGAGCAGAGACCAUUGUCCAAGCUGAUUUACGGGAGAGCCAGUAAAUCAGUAAAAGUUGAACGAGCUGGGUGACGGCAGCAUACAAUGCGUUGGCUACCUUCAGGGGCUCCAGGGUUAUAAAACUUUGAUCAGCCCUGAGGAUAAGCUCAGUGGAUUUCCACAUAUGGGUGUUCCCUGUGAACUGGACCUGGCCUUAGCUGCUUUCUUCUGUCUAGGAGUCCAGAUUUUAUUUCUUAGGAUGUUUGCAUACCAAAGAUGACUUUCUCCUUCUUCACUCAGCAGUACGAGGUCUCUGGUGUCUGAGGUGUGGAAGGUUUCUUGGCAAAGACUCAACUGUUGAACCUUUAGCAGAGAAGGAAGUCUCGCUUUAGCCUGAGCAUAAGUAAGAGGGCCUCUUCUCUCUCCCCAUCUCUGGAUAUUUUCCCAACAUCGCUGAGGGAAGUUAUCCAGUCAGUGCCAGGGUGCUAGGCGGGGGAGAAGAAUGAUCUGGGGGCGGGAGGGUGUUCUGGUUUGUAGAAUGGUCCUUGAACGGCAUCCAGGAGCUCACAGGGCUCGAGUCUUACUCGAUAGGCACCCAUGUGCCAGCUGUCAGGUUCCUCUGGAGUGUUUAGACUUGCGCUGGAGCUGUGGACUCCGUCUGCCAAUUGUCACCACGGUGUCUGACAGGUGGAGAGGCAGCCAGCCGCUCCGGUCAUUUCUCCAGCAACUUGCUGUCAGGUGUCAGGCCGAGGGAGAUUUAUACCCUUGGAUGUUGAGUGGGUUGCUCUCUGUAGCACGGGCCCAGAGCACUUGAACUGGGGAAGACAAACAACCAUCCUCUGAACCUACAGAUGUGAAGACUUGCAGAUGGUGCUAGUGGUGGUGUGUGCUCAGUGGUGCCUGACUCUUUGCGAC